AUGGUUCUCCCAUUCGAACCCUCAAAGCCCGUCAGGUUCUACGGCUCAAGCCUCCCCCGUCCCCGAAUCCACGUCAACUCCGACGGUAGCGACCGUGUAGAUCCUCCUCUCUCCGUCACCGGCCCGCUCAUGUCCUGGGCCGAAGAAGCGCACUGGUCCAUGGGCGGACUCAGCUUCAAACGCCUCCGUCUCAUGGGUAAAAUCGUAGGCAACGUUGAAGAACUCCGUACUCAACGCGAGAAAGAAUUCAACGCUUAUUCUCUUUCCCAUGCCAAAAGCCCUAGCUCCGAUGUUCCCAGAUCUAAGGGCUCUCCUUCACCUUCACCUCCUUCACCUUCACCACCGCCUGCUCCGUUUGCUUCAAAGCGUCGUAGACUCGAGACUCUUCUUGAGGAGGAAGAGGAGGAAGUCAGGGUUCCGAGUCCUGUGACUCGUGGAAGGCGUUUGGUCAAGAAGCUUGGUGAUGAUUUCGAUCGAGUUGCUUCUCCUCACAAGAAGCGUGCUGCUGAGGUGGUUGUUGCUGAUUCGGUGGUUGCUCCGGUGAAGACUCGGAGUCGGAAAUUGGUUAAAAUCGGUGAUGCUGUGAAGAAGGUUGUUGAAGGGAAAGAGAAAUUGAGAAAGAAGGUUGUUGAAGAGGAAGAGGAAAGUCCUGUUUCUGGGAUUAGGGUUAGAGUUUCUCCUAGAUUGACCAAGACUAGGUCUAAUUAG